AUGGGCAUGUGCAUGAGCUCGAAUAAUGAGGAGGCAGAUCAGAAAAAGAAGAGCCAAGCCAUUGAUAAACAACUCGAGGAGGACUCCAAGAGGUUACGGAAAGAAUGCAAGAUAUUGCUCCUGGGCUCCGGCGAGAGCGGCAAGUCGACAAUCGUCAAGCAGAUGAAGAUUAUCCACCUCAAGGGCUACUCGGACGACGAGCUCUACAACUACCGCGCCACCGUCUUCAAGAACUUGGUCGAGUGCGCCAAGGCCGUCAUCCACGCCAUGCAGCAGUUCGAACUCGAGCCGCAGCUGGAGGAGAACAAGCGAUAUGCGGAGUUCCUGCUGGAAUACCACGCCGAGUCGGGCCCCCAGGCGCACAUUGACCAGGAAGUCGGCGUCGCCGUUCAGGCCAUCUGGAACGAUCCGGCAAAGGCCCUCCUGAUGGAGCACCAGACCGAAUUCUACCUCAUGGACUCGGCAGAGUACUUUUUCCAGGAGGCUGCGCGAAUCGCGGACCCGGAUUACCUGCCCACCGAGAUGGAUGUGCUCCGUGCACGGACAAAGACGACGGGUAUCUACGAGACGAGGUUCCAGAUGGGGCAGCUGAGCAUACACAUGUUUGAUGUCGGCGGUCAGAGAAGCGAAAGGAAGAAGUGGAUUCACUGCUUCGAGAAUGUCACAUCAAUCAUCUUCUGCGUCGCCCUCAGCGAAUACGACCAGGUUUUGCUUGAAGAGAGUAGUCAGAACCGCAUGAUGGAGAGUCUGCUCCUGUUCGACUCGGUCGUCAACUCGCGAUGGUUCAUGAGGACAAGCAUCAUCUUGUUCCUCAACAAGGUCGACAUAUUCAAACAGAAGCUGCCCAGGUCACCGCUGGGUAACUACUUCCCGGACUACACGGGUGGCAGCGACGUCAACAAGGCUGCCAAGUACCUCCUAUGGCGGUUCAACCAGGUCAACAGGGCACACCUCAACCUGUAUCCUCAUCUCACCCAAGCAACCGACACGUCCAAUGUCCGACUGGUGUUUGCAGCUGUCAAGGAGACUAUCCUGAAUAAUGCCCUCAAGGACUCGGGAAUUCUCUAG